AUGUCAGGCCCAGCGGGACAGCACUACGACUUCUUGAUCAAGCUCCUCCUCAUUGGCGACUCUGGUGUCGGCAAGUCGUGUCUUCUCCUGCGUUUCUGUGAAGACUCUUGGACCCCGUCGUUCAUCACUACCAUCGGUAUCGACUUUAAGAUCCGAACGAUUGAGCUCGAUGGCAAGCGCAUCAAGCUGCAGAUUUGGGACACUGCGGGCCAGGAGCGAUUCCGAACCAUCACCACUGCCUAUUACCGAGGAGCCAUGGGUAUCCUCUUGAUCUACGAUGUCACCGACGAAAAGUCUUUCAGCAACAUCCGAACUUGGCUCGCCAACAUUGAACAACACGCGUCCCCUGGUGCCAACAAGAUCCUCAUCGGCAACAAGUGCGACUGGGAGGAGAAGCGAGCCGUCACGCUCGAACAGGGACGCGCUCUUGCCGACGAGUUUGGUCUGAGGUUCUUGGAGACUAGUGCCAAGGCGAACGAGGGUGUCGAGGAGGCCUUCUUCACUCUUGCCAGAGAUAUCAAGACACGAUUGAUCGACUCUCAGCCCCAAGAAACCACCCCUGUCUCGCUCGGUGCCGACCGCGGCAAAGUUGAUGUCAACAAGACCGGAGACAGCUCCUCGGGCGGAUGCUGCUAA